AUGAAGAGAAUGGGCAGACAGAGCAAUCAGACAACUGGAAUCGGAACUGGUUUUGUCCUACUGGGAUUGUUUCACCACAUCCAAGCCCCAAAGCUUCUCUUCACAUUAAUCUUCCUCGUGUUCCUUAUGGCCCUUUUUGGCAAUAUUGUCAUGAUGCUGCUUAUUUGGUUGGAUACCCGACUUCACACCCCUAUGUACUUUCUUCUGAGCCAACUUUCCUUCAUGGACCUCUUAUAUAUCUCCACUUUUGUCCCCAAAAUAGCCAUUGACUUUCUGUCUGGGAGAAACACCAUUUCUUUUAUUGACUGUGGAAUUCAGCUGUUCCUCUUCAUGACCCUUGUGGGAGCAGAGUGUCUUCUCCUGGCUGUCAUGGCUUAUGACCGCUAUGUGGCAAUAUGUCAUCCACUUCAUUAUUCGGUUCUCAUGCGCCCUGCAGUCUAUGGUUCCAUGGUCUUUGGAACCUGGCUGGGAGCUCUGAUCAAUGCCUUAAUCCAUGUAAUCUAUGCCCUGAAUCUUCCUUACUGUGCUUCCAGGGAAAUACAUCAUUUCUUUUGUGAAAUCCCAGCUCUCCUAAAACUUGUUUGUGCGGACACAUCUCACUAUGAAGAUGGUCUUUUUUUCAGUGGUGUUGUGUUUCUCCUCAUUCCUAUAUCAGCCAUCAUGGUCUCUUAUGGAAAAAUUCUCUCAACUGUUUUGGGAUUAGGAUCAAAUCUGGGCAUGAAAAAGGCUUUGGCUACCUGUUCUUCCCAUAUGAUUGUGGUGUGUCUUUUCUAUGGAACAGCAAUAAUGAAGUAUUUUUUGCCCAAAGCCUAUCAUUCAGCUGAACAGGACGAAGUGGUCUCUGUCUUCUACACUCUCCUUACACCCAUGCUUAACCCCCUUAUCUAUAGUCUUCGAAACAAAGAGGUGGCUGCUGCUCUCAGAAAAGUACUGGGGAGAUAA